UUCUUAGAUGGUAGAAAUAUAUGGUGAAGUUGCCCCUGGAAAAACAAGGACACCCUUCCUUAAAAGGGAAAUUCAAAAAUUCAACAGCAUAUGCUUAGCUCUAGUCAGCAAGGUUUCAAAACUGAAUCGGUUACUCAAGAUGAGUGAUGUCAAGCUUGCUGUCUUGGGUGGCAAAGGUACAGGGAAAUCAGCACUUACGGUAAGGUUUCUUACCAAGAGGUUCAUUGGAGAAUAUGCUUCUAAUUUUGAAUCUAUCUAUAAUAAGCAGUUGUGUUUGGAAGGGAAACCAUUGAAUCUGGAAAUAUAUGACCCAUGUUCUCAAUCACAGAAAGCAAAAUGCUCCCUCACAAGUGAGCUGCACUGGGCAGAUGGGUUUGUGAUUGUGUAUGACAUCAGUGACAGGCCUUCCUUCGCUUUCGCCAAAGCCAUUAUCUACAGAAUUCGGGAGCCACCAACUUCCCAUUGUAAAAGGAUGGUGGAACCAGCUGUGGUUUUAGUUGGCAACAAGCAAGACCUCUGCCACAAGCGAGAGGUUGGCUGGGAGGAAGGGCAAAAACUGGCCACAGAUUUCCGCUGCCAGUUCUGUGAGCUGUCUGCGGCAGAUCAGUCCCUGGAGGUUGAGGUGAUGUUUCUUAGAUUCAUCAAGGACAUACUGAUGAUCUUCAAACACAAGGAGAAGAGAAGACCCAGUGGGUCUAAAUCAAUGGCCAAACUGAUCAAUAAUGUGUUUGGAAAGAGAAGGAAAUCUGUUUAGUAGACAUGUAAUAGACCCAGGGGACUUGGUCCAUCAGAGAGUCUCAAACACUUAGGUGACAAUUAUGAUUCAUAUAAUUAAAAGACAGAUUUUUGGGGGAUGUAUAAAAUAAGUGAAAAUGGGUCAUGGCUGAAUUUUAGAAUAUAUAACUUUCUUUCAGAUCUGCUUCACAUUGUUUCCCUCAUAAACUUUCACUUCUUGUACAAGCAAAUGCUCUGGUGUGUUAGUGGAGAGCUGUCCCCUAUGCCUUGCUGAGAAAAUUCUGCAUGUAUUGUUCUAUUAAAACACUAUUUUAAAGUGUGUGGUUCACUUUUAUAUUUUGUCAUCAUUCUGAAAAAAACAAACAGAUAUCCACAGCUAAUGCACUGUAGGGCAUACAUUAUUAAUUUUAAAAUGACUUCAUGAUAUUUAACAGACUUUUGCUUAAAAACAUGAUUUAGUGUUGUAUAUGUAAAAAUACCUGUCCAUGAAUAAAUAUUUUUCAAUUGA